GACGGCUUCAACCCAAUGACCACGAAAACGAUCGCCGAGGUUACAAAAGGGUCCACCAGAACGGGGCCAUUGAUUAGUUGUCAAUUACCUGCCGAAUGGUGUGCACCACUCCCGGGGCUCGGUACAGUUUCGCCAGUACAAAUGCAUGUGAAGUGGGCUUCUAUCGGUUUGUUAUCGGUGUGUCUGGUGCUUUUGCUCAGUGACCGUGUUAGCAGUCAGCAGAACUCACCGAUCGUAGUGAUUGAUGGUCUCGGCACGGUACAAGGAACAAGGGGCCGUACGGCGUGGACUGAUCGUGAAAUUUUCAAGUUUUAUAACAUCCGAUAUGCGGAAGCACCUAGCGGGCAGCAGCGCUUUCGCAAUCCAGUGCCUGUGAAGCCGUGGAGCGGUGUGUUCAAUGCAGUUUUCCCCGGGAAACCAUGCCCGCAGGUUGGAUUGAACAUAACCAAUGAUUCGGCUGCCGAAGAUUGUCUCACACUGUCGGUGUAUACGCAAAAUAUAACUGCCAACCGUCCUGUGAUGGUGUUCAUCCACGGCGGUGCAUUCGUGGUGGGAGCCGCUUCCUACUACGAACCAGACUACCUUCUCGAAAAGGACAUCGUGCUAGUGUCAAUUCAGUACCGCCUGGGACCGUUGGGUUUCCUGUCAACCGGUACAGCAAACAUUCCUGGUAACAUGGCCAUGCUGGAUAUGAUCAUGGCCCUCGAGUGGGUAUCGAGUUAUAUACGCUUUUUCGGCGGUGACAGUACCUCGGUUACCAUAUUCGGAGAGUCGGCGGGUGGUGCUGCAGUUUCCGCGUUGCUCUACAGCCCAAUCGUGCGAGACGACCUGUUCCACCGUGCCAUCGUACAGUCUGGGUCGAUAUUUUCACCCUGGGCGACAUGCAGAUCUCCCAAGGAGGGAGCACUUGACAUUGCACGACGCGUAAACUGUGAUCGACCCGUCGAAACUAUGGAGGAUUGUUUGCGCUCCGUGCCAGCGCUAAGGCUGAUGGAAGCGUACGAGGAUCAUAAGAACAUGCAAUUCAACCUCACCGGUUAUCCGGACGUUUCCGGAGCAUGCAUUGUAAUCGGCGAAGCAUCACCAUUCAUGCCGAAACAUCCGAAAACACUGUCACGCAGUGCAUUCCGGAAUGUGGAGCUGAUGGCUGGAACUACCUCGCAGGAAGGGCUCAUGUUUUGGGAAGGUGUGUACCGCUACGGGCUGUCCUACAAACCGGAAACCAUUCAAUCCUCGUGGGACCUUCUGCAGCUUAUCGAUACCAUCAAUGAGCGGUUUGGAGCCAACUCGAACGAUGGAUCUCACACGUGGCAUCAAAUUUUCAGCACCUUCCUCAGCAGUGAGCUUGAUCGUGCCAACUUCACCGAGCUUCUGCCCGGACUGGUGGACAUCUGUGGUAAUCUAGCCAUUAAAGCACCGGUGCUGCAGGAUGUGACACGAUUCGCGCAUGCCAACGCUGGCAAGGUUUAUCUGUACAGCUUCGACUACAGUGGAACUCCGUCGAUGUACAACUUUUCCGCCGGCGAUGAGUUCAACUAUCCUUACCGCAAUAAUUCGUUUCACGCGGAAGAUCUGUUCUACCUGUUUCCACUCGGUCAGCGGCUCGAUCAGCGUGAUACGGAGGUUGCUAAAACGAUGGUCAACCUGUGGACUUCGUUUGCAAUAAGUGGACGCCCGGCGGCAGCUGCCUUGAAACAUAUCUGGAAUCCCGUUUCCCAUUUUCACGGACCGUAUGUGAAAAUCAAUCAAGAGUGUGAGGAAUUCCAAAACUAUUUCAAUGAAUUCUCUGCCUCUACCGACAAGGCUAGGAACCAGCGAUCUACAGGAACUGAGCUACAGCUUUCACGAGUAGCUAUCGUUCUGGCGUUGCUUUACAGUGUAAUUAAACACGUUGUACAAUAAAGUUAGAGCCAUAAAUCAAAGCUUUAUAAUGAA